AUGGCCCGGCCGGGGUCCGGAAUGCUGGUGCCCAGCAACGGACUGGGGUACCCCCCUCAGAACCUGGCCCGGGUGGUGGUCUGGGAGUGGCUGAACGAACACGGGCGCUGGAGGCCGUACACUGCGGCGGUGUGCCACCACAUCGAGAACGUGCUGAAGGGGGAUGCCAGAGGGAGCGUGGUCCUCGGGCAGGUGGACGCCCAGCUGUCCCCUUACAUCAUCGACCUGCAGUCCAUGCACCAGUUUCGACAAGACACCGGUAAGACCCGUGCCAACUUCCUGCUUGCGGGCGCAGACGCCUGA